UUGUAAUAAUAAUUCGGCUUACUACGCUAUGAGGACUGGAGUGAAGAGGCGCAGGUUAAGGAAAGCCGGCAGGAGAUGGAUAAACGAUGACACCAGCCUUCACAGCACAUGGAAUCAUCUGUUGCAAACAUCGGCCAGCUCCCCAAAAGGAUGCUUAUCCUACGCCCCUACCCACCAUCCCCUUCACUGCCAAACAUUCCGAUCCCGUACCCCAUUUUUUCACUCAACCGCCGCUUCCCGGCCUUUAAUCUUUCCAAUCCGGCCUGUACUCGAACCAGAACAUUCCUAUGUACCGCUAAAUCGAGUCGAACACAGAAACUGAAUACCCAAAACUUGCAGAGAGAAUCUGAACCAGAAAAAGUAGAAGGCGACGACGAAGAUGACGAUAGAGAUGAGAAUGAAUUUGAAUUCUCAGCCAGCGGUGGGUACCGAGGGAGAGAAGAAGAGAAAGAUUACGAUAGAGACCCCGAGUUCGCUGAAAUCCUCGGUAGUUGUCUGGACGACCCGCAAAAGGCACGGUCCAAAAUGGAGGAGAGGUUGAGGAAGAAGAGGAACAAAAUUUUGCAGACAAAGACUGGUUCAGCAAUACCAAUGAAAGUGACAUUCAACAAAUUUGAUUUCUCAAACUCAUACAUAUGGUUCGAGUUCUACAAUGUUCCAUUGGGGAAAGAUAUUACCCUAAUUUGUGAUACCAUCCGAUCGUGGCACAUUAUUGGACGUCUUGGUGGAUGCAAUUCCAUGAAUAUGCAACUGUCACAAUCUCAGUCGGAUAAAAGACCUAGUUAUGAUGCUGUUCAGGGAGCAAAUGCGACACCAACUACAUUUUACAAUAUUGGGGAUCUUGAGAUUCAAGACAACUUGGCACGAUUCUGGGUGGAUAUUGGGACCCGUGAACCGCUGCUUCUGGAUGUUCUGAUAAAUUCAUUGACACAACUAAGUUCUGACAUAAUUGGAAUCAAGCAACUGAUGUUUGGUGGAUCCGAAUUUGAGAACUGGAAAGAGAACUUGACAUCAGAGGAUGCAGGCUUCAGCGUCCACAAGAUUUAGUGCACUUAGCAGCUACUUGUCUCAGAUAGAGCUACCUUCUCCACUCGCUUGAUUUCACGGGAAGAUUUGGGUGCAAAAGACCAAUGAAUGAAGAUAUUGUAGGAUAAAGCCAGUGGCUAGGCACAUGUGCCUCUGUUAUAAAUGCAUACUUGAGAAGAGUAAUCCGGCGGAGCCAUUGAGAGAAGGUGUAUAAUUUGGUUGUAGUUUUAAAUCAAUUAGUGAACUAGCUUUAU